AUGAAGCCUCAGAUUCUCUCCAGAGCUGUGCAGUUGCUUCCUGCUAUCCUAUCUCUCGUGAAUGCUGCCCCUGCCCGUAGGGAUGGCACUAGUAACCCCGGCUUGAGAGGCUCGGAGGCACUUAUUGGAUACUCUGCUACUGAAAAAGUAGCAACUGGGCCCAAACCUGACAUCAAGUACAAUCUUCUUCCUGGGCAGAAAGAAGACCCGGAUAUUGGUUCAUACCUGGACUUUGAGAACGUCGAGAACCCUCAGCCUAUCCGAGGAAACACUGGUUCCGACGACCCUGGUCCCCGGAAUUAUUACUACGAUCGAAUCAACAGUGAUAAGCUAGCUCCGCCAGGUACUGAUCACGGAGCGACGAUUAACGCACAAUGGCCCAUGGGACUAAGUCAUAACAGACUUGGAAUUGAUAAUGCUGGCUGGGCUCGCCAAGAAAACACUGUUGUGAUGCCUGAUGCCACUGAAAUGGCAGGUGUCGAUAUGCGACUCGAGCCUGCAGCAUAUCGUGAGCUACAUUGGCAUGUGGCUUCUGAGUGGUCUCUGAUCCUCAACGGCUCUUGUCGAAUUCAAGCUAUCAAUGAAAAUGGAGAGACGUUCAUUGACGAUCUACAAGCUGGUGAUGUUUGGUUCUUCCCUCCUGGUAUCCCUCACUCUAUUCAGGCACUAGACGAUGGCGUCGAGUUUCUUCUUGUCUUUGAUCAGGGUGACUUCAGCGAGGACAACACCUUCCUCGCUACAGAGGUCUUCCUUCACAGCCCGAAAGAGGUUUUGGCAAAGAAUCUCGGAGUUUCCACCUCAGCAUUCGACGACAUCCCUGAUGACGAACUUUACAUUUUCAAGGGAACUCCCGCACCGACAGACAUCGAGGAACAGAACGUCACUACAUCAGCUGGUCUCAUCCCUCGCUCACAGAGCUACUCCUACCACUUCUCGGAACAACCUGCUCAUGAAGUUGCUGGUGGAUCUGUCAAGAUUGUGGACCCGCUUACUUUCCCCAUCGCUGGUAACAUCUCUGCUGCUGUCGUCACUGUUAAUCCAGGUGGUAUGCGCGAGAUCCACUGGCACCCAACAAGCGAUGAGUGGACCUUCUUCAUCAAGGGACAGGGCCGUGCAACAUUAUUCACUGCUCCCAACGCUGCGACGACCUUUGACUAUCGUGCUGGCGAUGUUGGGUAUUUCCCAAAGUCGAACAGCCAUUAUAUUGAGAAUACCGGUGAGGAAGAGUUGAUGUUCCUGGAAGUGCUACAGGCACCUCAAUUCACGGACAUGGCCCUUGGUCAGUGGAUUGCAUCUACCCCGAAACAAAUUAUCAAGGAUACCUUGCACCUCAGCGACAGUACUCUCAGUAAGCUGAAGACUGAGAAGCAGUACGUCGUUGCAGGUACCAAUAGUGACUAG